AUGGUGGACGUGUGGCUAGAGGUGGAGGCCCACCAGCUGCACCCGGCGGCGAUCGUCGUGGUGUACUGCAUCUUCGCGUCGUACCUUAGCCGCGAGCACAACCAAGCGGCUGUAGACGAGAACGUGGAGAAGCUGAAGAAGGUGCUGGAGGUAUACGAGGCGCGGCUAAGCCAGAGCAAGUACCUUGCCGGCGAUUUCCUUAGCCUCGCCGACCUCAGCCACUUCACCAUCAUGCACUACUUCAUGGCUACGAGUAUGCCACGCUGGUCGAGGCAUUGCCACACGUCAACGCCUGGUGGGAGGGCCUUGCCGCGCGCCCAGCGGCGAAGAAGGUCGCGGAGUUCAUGCCGGUCGACGCGCCCGAGUCACCCAAGAAACAGGAGUGAUGAUGAAAAGUGA